UUUUGUGGGGAUUUCCAACGUCAACCUUAAGAAAGUCUUAAGAGCCACACCGUGUGCUUGACAAGUUGACGAGCGUCCACUGUCAUGCGUCAUGCAGUUUCUCCUCUUUUUCAGCUGCGUUUUUCUAGCCGCUGGAGGCCAUGGUCAGAACGUUCUGCCUAACUAUCAAUGGCCCGUGUACCACCAGAAGUACGUACAGACUGGGUUCUGCGAAUAUUCCUUCUUGUUGUCGGUACAAAACAGCGAUGGAGUCUGCUUGGUGCCAGCAAACGUUUCAACAAGAUUGCAGGACAUUGAGAGGGACAGAACCCUGGAAAAACAGCGCAUGAAGCACCUGUCUUCAAGCCUGGACGAUCUCUCGGAACAAGUACAAAACUUGGCCUGGGACGUCAACAACACAAGCACAGGGCUGGCAAAAGUGGCAGGAGAUCAGGCAGAAGGCAAGACGCGUGACGAGGAAAUGGCGAGAGACCUGGCCAACGUCACGCAAGCCAUGGAAACAACACGCAAUGAGAUUGAGUUACUGGUACUGCAAGGUGAACAGAGGGCUACUAUCCUCGAACUGACCAUUCAGCAGCAAAAUCAAACCAUCGACGAACUGAAGACCCUCGUCCGUCAGCAAAGUCGGGACUUAGACGAUCUGAGGACCCUCGUGGAACAGCAGAGUGAUUCCAUCAGCCAGUGCGAGUCCAGGCUAUCUCAUCUGGAGGCUGAUACAGCAACAACCACAACAACAGGCCCGGCUGUAGCCUUCUCUGCAUCCAGAACAACGCCUCUUGGACCUGUGACCGGGCAUACACGGGUAAUCUUUGACCACGUGUAUGUCAACAUCGGCAACUCUUACAACCCCGACGAUGGUAUCUUCACCUGCAACACAGCAGGCGCCUAUAUGUUUACAUACUUCAUGUACAAAGCUAUUGAAGUGCCCCAAAUGGCAGUUUACUUGGUGGUGAAUAACACUAUUCAAACGGCCAUUUUUGAAAAUAACUCUAAAAUGGAUGAAGAGUCACACUACAGUGCCGACAUGUCUGGUAACAGCCUGAUCCUCGAGCUUGCAGUUGGGGACACUGUGUCUGUGGUGCUGAGAAAGAAUGAUUACAUCUAUUCUAAUGAUUACGACAAAUACUGCACCUUCUCUGGUUUCCUUCUGAAAUAAAUCAGAAGGAAAGAAAAAAAUGAUAACGUGUCAUGUGUGGCAUACAAUUAAAGUUCAUAUGGUGCAUGGGAGAGAAAUUCAAAGUUUGAAAAGAGCCAUAUCAAUACUAGUAUAUGUAAAGAAGGUGAAGUGUUUACUUGUCAGUAUCAGCCUACUAAAGUGCCUAGCGGAGCUACGUAUAUACUAGUAUAAGUAAAUUAGUCAAGCGACGGAGUGCCUACGUUCAGUAGGGUGUAUAAUAGCCAAUAAAAUUGUGCGCAGGUGUAGAGACUUUGUCACUCCCAUGCGUGAUGUAUACGUAGCGUUUUUGUGAUAUCAAGCCAUGAUUAUUUCACCCAUGCCAUAUAUAUCAUAUAUAUAUAUCUUCUUGAUUGGAAAAAUGCAGUUUAAAUCGUGUCCUUUGCACUAAAUAAGGACCAGUAUACUUUAUCUUUUUUUUUCUUACAGAUCGACAUAGAGUUGUAAUCCAAUUGCAAGAUGUAUACUAUUGACGAUUAUUAUUGACGCUUUGUUUUGUUUUGAGAAGUGUGUUGCCAUAUACUGCUGUCAUGCAGCAAUCUAUCCAUUGGUCAGUGUUACUA